CCAGAUUCGUAGUUGCGGCUAAUGACUGUGUUUAGUGAGGGGCCGGUAACUGUCAUUAUUUAUCACGGAAACCCCUCCCCGGGGAGCUGCCGCCACUCCUGCCGCCUAGGAGCCUCACCGAGAAGCAGAGCAGAGCGCAGACGGCGUCCAUGCUGAGCUCCAGGAUAUGAGUGCAAAUAUGAGUGUGAAGAACUCGCAGUUCCAUAAGGAUGCCAGCAAUAAUCAGAACAAUAUAAGGAAUAUGGCUACCCGGAUGCUCCCAAUUAAUUUUCCUCCGUCAAAAGCUGUGCUUUGGGAUUCCACCCCCAUGGGAGAUCCCAUCGGAUUACAUUUCAGCUAUUACAGAAACCCUCACAUUCUGCUGUCCGAGAAAGCCUUAAGAUUGUCCUAUCGUCAUGCCAAGACAGAGAGAAAAUCGUUCUAUUGCUUCUUACUUGGAUCUUUUUCUGUGGACGAUGACGAAGAAGGAAUAACGCUAACAAUCGAUCGCUUUGACCCUGGCCGUGAGAAGGCGGGCAGCAUCGGCAAAGUGCCCUCUACUCUGCUACCGGGAGAUUCCGCUAUUCCCUGCACCAUUUAUCCCAAGGAAACUAUCAGAGACGCCAUGCUACACACACCUGAAGACUUCACAUCUUCUUUUAAGGGUCUGCAGAGCCAUCUUCACAGCAGAGAAGCCUUGGAUCUCUCCAAAUUGCUCACUGUGAGAGCUCAUAUCACUUACUCGGAGAACAUGGACAAUCUUCACUUUGAUCUUCGCUGGGCGGCUGUCACAGUAGCAAAUACAUUUGAAAGUACUCCCAUAAAGCCUGUCCCAAUUAUACCGACGGCCCUCGCCAGGAACCUGAGCAGUCACAAUAAUAUUGCUCAGCUUCAAGGAACUCACAAAUGCGGGUAUUUGACGAUGGAUCAAACCAGGAAACUGCUCCUCGUCCUUGAGUCUGAUCCGAAGGCUUACACAUUGCCGCUUGUUGGAAUUUGGCUGAGUGGCAUCACACACAUCCACAGUCCGCAGGUGUGGGCCAGCUGUCUGCGCUACAUGUACAGCUCUUCAAUUAAAGAAAGGGUGCUCUCAGAGUCCGGAAGUUUCCUCAUAGUCCUGUAUUCGCUCACCCACAAGGAACCGGAGUUUUACGAGUGCCUUCCUUGCAUUGGCCACGAUCCCCUUGGCUUUCAGUUGCUGGCAUGCGAAGAUGCAUUACAUCUCUUCAAGAACGUGGAAUCUUCUAAGCAGUCUCAACUUCAGUUUGAGCUCUCCACUGACGGCCAGAAUUCAGAAGCGUACCUGUUUAACGAAGUUUCCAAGAUGGUUUCAGCUUCUGUAGUCAAACCAAAUAUAUCUCCCUCUAAAUUGUCUGUAAGCGACCAUGAUUCUGGCGUAGAAGAUGAGGAUUUUUCUCCUAGACCUUCUCCUCGCCCUCAUCCAUCAUUUCAGCAGGCAACUAAAAUCCGUCCUUGUGUGCCAGAACUUUCUUUGGUAUUUGGAAGUGUUGUAGAACCAAGACCUGAAGCUCAACAUAAUAGUAAGAAACUUCCACCAUUAUCCUCAACACCGAAAACUGGCAGUCAAGUCCUGAGCGCAUCAUGUCAAAAUGGUGACCAACCUGUGAAGGAAUCCUCUACAAAGCCAUUGCUCUUGUCCUUUAAAAAUUCUAAGAGCCAAGCAACAAAGCCAUGCAAAGUCCGAAUAACUGCAGCCAAUGAGCCAAGCCUUCUCCAGAAUGCAAGAGGGCAAGCUAGAAGAAAUUCCACAUCCUCUUCAUCCUCGUCUUCUCUGUCCACGCCACGUACCGGCUCUUCUCCUGAUACAUCAGUUCAUCAGGUCAGAGGUUCAGCCAACCUUGAUCUGAGCUGUAACAUUAGUGGAUCCUGCCACGAACAACCAGCGAUGGCGCCGGCUCAUAUUUCCAGGCAAUCGCCUCUAUUGCAAUCUCCAACCCACAAUGUGAAUUUUCCUCUUCCGCCAAGAAAACUUUCUGAAAUGCCCAAACCAACUCCUAACUAUGCUCCUUGCCAUCCAACCAAUGUUUGUAACUGUUGCCACAAUAUUGCCCCAGCAAAAUGCCACACUGCAAGUUCUUGGCCAGUGAUGAACGGUUGUAUUAACCAUUGUGGCGUGGAGAGCCCAUCGGACGCUUAUCCAAACAUAAGCGGUCCAGCCGUGUGCUGCAACGCGGUGUGCGUCAACAAUUGCCAAAGAAGUACCUCCAGGGCAGGGAGCUGCUCGUCACCGGUAGAAAAUGUGAUGUCACCGGGCAGGAGGGAUUCUUUGCCAAUCAAUGUGUGCAGUCCUCGUUCAUGCCAGCAUAGUACAACUCCAGCAAUGUCUGCAACUAAUGGGAUGUUGGGGUUGUCUUCUGAAGCCUACCACCUUCUAGCCGAACAGGACAGGCAACUGAAGCUCCUUCAAACUCAGAUUCAGCGCUUGUUAGAAGCCCAGAAUAAUUGCAAGGAGGUCGGCUCCUCACAGAACGUGUCUUCUGCACCGAAAGUGGCAGAAUCUGUGGCCACUGAAACAAAGGAAUCUGAGCACGCCGCAAAAACCAGCGUCAGCAUUGCCGUCGGUACAGGUGCAAGCCUGUUUUGGAACACCCCUCCAUGUCCUGAGGAAGAGGAGACUAUGGACAAACAGGAUGAGUCUGACCUUUGCAACGAACUGAGCGCGGCUGUGAACAAUGAGCAAGAUGCAAGCCUCACCACCAUCGCUUCCUCCUUACAGGCUGUAGACAUCUACAGCUUUGCAGAAAGCAGUCAGCUGACAGACUGCGGCGAGCACUCUCCUGCUGCACCAGUGCCUGUUUGCAGCACAAGAAAUGAAUCCCGUUCUCCUCACCCGGAGUAUGAUGGCAGAUUGUCCGGUAAUGCCAGCCUGGGAACGUCGGGGAACCCAGGCGCUGUGGAUCUGCCCCCAGAAAAGUUUUACAAGGACUUACUGAGUCAGGUUAACCAUUUAUUGAGGAGCUCAACAAGUGAGGAUCCUAGUGGAAAUGAGUCCAGAACCUGUGAAUCUCCCUUGGAGCAAUCCACUGACUAUGUGCAACCCGGGGCAAGCCAUAGCGGCCAGGACGGUGUACUGAAGGCCACGCUGAAACAGCUGAAGUCACUAGGAGUGAACAUUGAACAAGAAACCUCAGACAUGAAGCUGAACAAGUCGGAUACGUCCGAUAAUGCCUGUGUUCUCGCCUCCAUCAACCCAGAAGCGCUCAUCCCAAGACUGAACUACAUGUCCUUUACCAACAUCGGCUUAAGCGGUUUCAUCCCCAAUGGAGUUGACUUGAGCAUGGAAGCGAACGCCAUCGCCUUAAAGUAUCUGAGUGAGUCUCAGCUGACGCAGCUCUCUCUGACUCACGCAAGCAAGAACAAAGCGCUGGAUUCCUUCUCUCUUCACAACCUGUUUCCUGGGAGCGGGGAGAAGAGCAUGGUCGGCCUCAGCGUAAUCUCUCUCAACAACAUGUCUUUCGCCACUAAGAAGUACUUGAAGCGUUAUAACCUGAUGGAGAGCAACGACAGCAGCGACGACGAGGCGGACUCCUCAGAAAACCACUGUGCAAGUGACAGCCACGUGGAGAGGAACCAGAGGAUGUCCCCUCACCAGUCCUUAAGUAAAGAGCUUCUGGAUUUUAUCUCUGAACCUAAAGUGAACUUGAGAAUCGCAGACAAAACGCCUCAAGAACUUGGUCAUAACGCAGAGGUGAAUACCUUAAGGAACAUCACCAAUGAGAUAUCUGCAAAGGUUGUCCCUGGAGUGCAAGCAUCUGACGAGACCUCUCUGAGGUUCUUCAAAGAUCUCAACCCCAAGGCCAAGCUGACCUCAGGAAAAGGCCAAUUCACUGCGCACCCGGAAAAGGAGAAUGGAAGAAACUCCCCCCAAUUCCAUGCAAGGGAGUCUGCUAAAAAAUCCACAGGCCCUGGCGGCUCCACAGGGGACAUCCUAGAUGUGAACAGACUCCGCCAGCUCCCAAAACUAUUCUGAGCAAUUACCGGAUCUACUGAAUGGCUGGUGACUGCAGAUAUUCCUUCCUAUGGAAGUACACGACCUGCAGACUGGGGGGCCCUUCGCUGAGCGCACGGCUUUAUUGUAUCAGAACUUAACUCUUUUGUGUUCCCAGUGCAUAACGACAGGUUCUAUAAUAUGACGGGUCUGAAGCAAAUUGAUUGGCUCUAUUGUCAUUACAUCCUGAAGCGGUAUCAGGGCUCAUGUGCACGAACGUGUGCCCGCCGUCUGCGGACCCGUUCACUUGAAUGGGGUCCUCGUUUCACACGGUCUGUGGGCUGUAGUGCUUCCAAUCCGUGCCUCUGUUCCGCAUUGUAUCUCCCGGAUUGCGCACCCAUUCACUUGAAUGAGCCCACCCGGUGCCCCGUAUAUUGCUCGCGCGCUAUUUGCGGGCCGCAAUACUGGCACCGGCCGACAAUGGUCAUGUGCAUGAGCCCUUAGAGUAUCUCCGGGUUUCCCUAGUCUGGGUAAUAGUUUACAGGAACCUCAUCCAUGGAUUGGACAAUGUGUAACACCAAGCUGUCAAUUUAUUUCUAAAUUUCUAGUGGGAAUAACAGAGGAACAGCACAACUCAUGAGAACUUAUUAGAACUUAGACGAGAAGUAUUUACUGAGAAAUGUCUGCUGACAUGUUUUUUGAGCCAUCGGAUGCCGCAGUUAAUAGCAGGAGAGCUUUUGACAUUCUGAGCCGGUGUUAAAAAGCAAAAUCUUAAUUUUUAAAUUUGGGUGGAAUAUUUCAAGGAUCCAGACUGUGAUUAAUUUUACCUUUUUAUAUUUGAUUUUAUGAGAGUUUUGGAAGAAAUGGCCCCCCUCCCCCCAGUCUGUAUCCACAAGCUGAUGAUGCCAUUGUUCCACUAUCCGGAAGGCUGGGGGAGCGUGUCCUCAGAUUAUGUGGCUGGAACACGUAAUAUUUCCAGUUAUCUAUUCUUGAUGCUGUGCUCGCGUUUUGCACUUGUCUUUGGCGUGUCGUUGUUUUUGUGUGUGUGACUGAAACUUUUAUCCAGAUGGCGAUAUCUAUUUGUAUCAGAGUCCAUUUUCUAUUUAAAUUCAUAUUUUUUUUUUUUUAUAUUUGUGAAAUAUUUUAUAUUUUUUAAUAAAG